AUGGUUCAGAAGAACCUGCUGCCCGUGGCCGCAGUCCUCGCCGUCGCACUGCUCAUGGCCGCUGCCGCGGGUUACCCGUGGUCAAUGUGCGGUGACAGCAGCUACUUUACGCCUAACGGCACAUACCAGGCCCAUCUCAACUCCAUCGCAGCUACCUUGCCCAAAAAUGCCUCCAAGUCCCCAGACCUCUUCGCAACCAUCGUCGCCGGUACAAUCCCGGAGCAGGUCUGGGCCAUGGGGCUCUGCCGCGGCGAUGUCAACGCCACGGCAUGCUUCAGCUGCCUGACCCAGGCCUUCCAGGACCUGCCCGGCUACUGCUCCUACUACAAGGACGCUAGCAUCUACUACGAUCCCUGCAUGGCUCACUACUCCGACGUGCACAUCCUCCCCGACGACGACACCGGCCCGAUGCUCGAUACAUACGCCGCCCUCAACACUCAAACCAUCACGUCAGACCCCGGCAAGUUCAUCCUCCUCUUGGCAGUGCUCGUGAACGCCACCGCCGACUACGCCGCGUACAACUCCACUCGGCGGUUUGCGACCGGCGAAGCUGACACCAGCUUCGACCCGGAGUUCCCCAAGGUCUACACCCUGGCCCAGUGCACACCGGACCAGACGCCGGCGCAGUGCCGGAAGUGCCUCUCCAGGCUCAUAUCGCAAUCCCUGGACGGAUUCCAGAAUCGUAUCGGAGGCAGGGUGCUCGCCGUCAGCUGCACCUACAGGUACGAGAGCACGCCCUUCUAUAAUGGACCGGCGAUGGUACGGCUGGCAUCACCAAGCUAUAAAGCGCCUGCACCGGCUCCGGCUGUGAACUUUCGGGUUCCUGCGACGGAUGGAGGGGGCCGAAAGUACCAUGUGCCCUGGGUGGCUCUUGCUGUUGUGCUGCCAACUCUAGCAGCCUUGAACCUUGUCGCCUGCUUCUGUUUCCGGAGGCGGCGGGGACAACUAAUUGCACAGGCCAAACACCAAAAUCCCAUGUAUUCCACUGAAGCAGAGGACAUCGAAAUGAUGGACUCCAUGAUGAUGGACGUCUCCACCCUACGAGCCGCCACAGGGGAUUUCGAUGAGAGCAACAAGCUCGGCGAAGGCGGCUUUGGUGCCGUGUACAAGGGUGUCCUCCCGGAUGGCGAGGAAAUAGCGGUGAAGCGUCUGUCUAGUAGCUCAUCGCAGGGAGUGGAGGAGUUGAAGAACGAGCUCGCCCUGGUGGCCAAGCUGAAGCACAGGAACCUCGUCAGGCUCAUCGGCGUCUGCCUGGAGCAGCAGGAGAGGCUGCUCGUCUACGAGUUUGUGCCCAACCGGAGCCUCGAUCUCAUCCUAUUCGGUAUGGGAGCACUGGGAGGCCGGGACGGUGGCGGAGCUGGUGGACCCGUCCCUGGGCGGAGGCUUCCCGGAGGGCGACGUGCUGAGGUGCAUCCACAUCGGGCUGCUCUGCGUCCAGGGAGACCCCGCGGCCCGGCCGGUGAUGUCGUCGGUCGUGAUGAUGCUCGGCAGCGACACGGUCACCCUCCAGGCUCCAUCAAGCCGGGAUUCUUCGCCAGGAACAACAGCGCCAACACAGCCGUGUCGACGGUGUCGUUGAGUGGUUAG